CUUUCACUGAAGGUUACUGUAGCCUGGGUCCCAAGGCCAGAUAAGUUUACAAGCCUCACCUUUUGCUGUGCUCAAUGCUGUAUACUUGCGACCCAAGGGCACUAUAUAUUUGCACCUAAUUAUGUCUUCUGGUUCGGAUACUGGCAAUACACAGGAACCUAUAAAACAUGGACUUCUUCCAGGUGUGUCUCAGUUUAAAAUGGUGAAUUACUCAUAUGAUGAAGACCUUGAAGAAUUGUGUCCAGUAUGUGGAGAUAAAGUCUCUGGGUAUCACUAUGGACUACUUACCUGUGAAAGCUGCAAGGGGUUCUUUAAGCGAACGGUCCAGAACAACAAAAGGUACACGUGCAUAGAAAAUCAAAGCUGCCAGAUUGACAAAACUCAAAGGAAGCGUUGCCCUUACUGUCGGUUUCAAAAAUGUCUAAGUGUUGGAAUGAAGUUGGAAGCUGUGAGAGCCGACCGGAUGCGUGGGGGUCGAAACAAGUUUGGACCAAUGUACAAGAGGGACAGGGCGCUGAAGCAGCAGAAGAAAGCUCUCAUCCGAGCCAAUGGACUCAAGUUGGAAGCCAUGACUCAGGUGAUUCAAGCGAUGCCCACCGACCUAACCAUAUCCUCCGCCAUCCAGAAUAUCCACUCUGCCUCCAAGGGCCUACCUCUCAACCAUACCGCCUUGCCUCCCACAGACUAUGACCGAAGCCCCUUUGUCACCUCUCCAAUUAGCAUGACAAUGCCGCCCCACGGCAGCCUACAAGGUUACCAGGCCUACGGUCACUUUCCGAACCGCGCGAUCAAGUCCGAGUACCCCGAUCCCUACACCAGCUCCCCCGAGUCGAUAAUGGGCUACUCUUACAUGGAUGGUUACCAUCAGACGAGCUCGCCGGCAAGUAUUCCCCAUCUGAUAUUGGAACUCUUGAAGUGUGAGCCGGACGAGCCGCAGGUCCAGGGUAAGAUCAUGGCGUACUUGCAGCAAGAGCAAGCCAACCGGAGCAAACACGAAAAGCUCAACACCUUCGGGCUUAUGUGCAAAAUGGCGGACCAAACCCUGUUCUCGAUUGUCGAGUGGGCCAGGAGCAGCAUCUUCUUCCGAGAACUUAAGGUUGAUGACCAAAUGAAGCUCCUUCAAAACUGCUGGAGUGAACUCUUAAUUCUAGAUCAUAUUUAUCGGCAAGUGGUACAUGGGAAAGAAGGCUCCAUCCUUCUAGUCACCGGGCAACAAGUGGAUUACUCAGUCAUAGCAUCUCAAGCAGGAGCAACACUCAACAAUCUUAUGAGCCAUGCACAGGAACUGGUAGCAAAACUACGGUCUCUGCAGUUUGAUCUACGAGAGUUCGUGUGUCUCAAAUUUUUGGUGCUAUUCAGUUUAGAUGUUAAAAACCUAGAAAACUUCCAGCUGGUGGAAGGUGUUCAAGAGCAAGUGAAUACUGCUUUGCUGGACUACACAAUGUGCAACUAUCCACAGCAAACAGACAAAUUCGGGCAGCUUCUCCUGCGACUCCCAGAAAUCCGGGCGAUCAGUAUGCAGGCUGAAGAAUACCUCUACUACAAACACCUGAAUGGGGAUGUGCCAUGUAAUAACCUCCUCAUUGAAAUGCUGCAUGCAAAGAGAGCAUAAAUUAUAUCCUUUACCCAGCUUCUGCUUUUGAAAAAAGAAAAAAAAUACUCUGAACUGCUCCAAGCGACACUAAUUGAAAGAACUUGGUUUAAAGAAACUUUGCAAAAAUAAAAUGUAAAAUGUUAUAAUAAUCAAAUACUUAAUAGAAAAUAAGUGAUGUAUCAGGGUAUUUGUAUUGCAAACUGUGAAUCAAACACUACACAGUCUCCCCAAAGGAACUUGUAUAGGACUUUAUCACUGGAAUGAAAGGAGAUUACAAAUGGAUAUCGAUACCAUUGCCAAUGUCAAAUGAAACCCAACAAAAGGAAGGAACAAUUCUCGCAAGUUAAAACUUUGCCAGUUGCCACUACGGAGACACUUAGGAGCACAUUUUAUCUGUAUUAUUCAGCUAACAGAUCAAGGGGAUGUGUUAAGCGCUACUCCCCUUCAUUGGUUAGCAGGACUGAAAGCACCUCUAAAGGAUGCAAACCUGCAGUCACCACACUUUGUCAUCCUUCCACGGACUGAAUUCUUGUUUCUCCUUGAAGAAAGAUGUGGAGCCCCAAUCUGUAUUAAAGGUCUGGGGUGGGCCACUUUCAUAGUACACAUGCAUACACAUAGCAGCGCCACCAAAACAAACAAAUCAAUCAAUAAAGCCUGGUUUUUGGACUGUCUGUGACUCAGGCCUGCAAAUAGUUAAUAUGGGGAGGGGAGGGGAUUAUGUUCACAAGGUUAGUGUGACAUUCUUAAUAUGUUUCCAAAGUUUGCUUUUGCCAUUGUGUUCAUGUUCAUUCAGCCAGGCAGUAUCUCUCUUCCAUCAGUGGAAGGAGGAAUGUCUAACAAGUGUCAGGAGGAAGCUGCUCCAAAGCAAUUGCCAUUGGACCAUGUAUUUUUCCAGGGCAAGCAUCACAGGAAUGGCUUCUCAAAAGCUUUUAGUGCCAAAUAAGCUUGUGGAUACUACUCAGUCUCUUGGCCGUCAUCUAACAGAAAACAGUAUUUCUUCUUAGGGAUUUCAAGCAGUAGCAUCUCUUGAUCUGCCACACUUGAUCUGAAUUAAAAUGAAUUACUUGGAUUCAAGAAAGGAAUUCAGCUCAGUGACUUCCAAUCAUACCCUACUGGCCCUUUUGUUCAUGACCUCUUCCGCAUCCCACGAGUAUCUUUACUGGCAUAAAGGGCAGGAGAAGUCUAUCAGCUGGGGUUCAUUUCCGAAACAGCUGUGCAGACAGCUCAAGAGGAGGCCUGCAGAACGUGUGGCCCACUAAGUGAAAUACAGCCCAGCAGACUUGGAUUGCACCAAGAACCCAAUAAGUCCCCUGUUUUUUGCUGCUUGCCUGGGACCGCAAAGGAAAGGAGAAGGUUCGUCAAGUACAUUAUGUGGUUGGUGGGCUGCAUUUGGUUUGGUGGAUUGCAGGUUGUGCAGGCCUGCUUUAGAAUGGCCAGUUGGACCUUUCUUUUACUGGUCUAACCAAUAAAAUCAGAUCCUGGCAGUUAUCAGGAUCUUAAAAGUGAAUGACCCUCAGCAAAUUGCCCUCUGGUGGAUCUCCUCUACAUUGGCUAUGGGCUUACCUGGCAGCAAUGUGUGACAUGAGCCACCAUUUUAAAUUUCAGAUUAUGCCCUGGAGUGACACUACAUCAGGGGCACUGUGAGAAAUGUAAAAUGGCAACUUGUAGACCCUGGGUCAGUGCCAAUGCCAGUGAGCUCUGCCGAGUCCUUGGGACCCCUGGAGCCAGGGAGCUGAUUCCAAACAGGGCUUCAGAACUGGUCUGACAAAUAAUUGUUGUAACCAAGCUGCAAUAGUGACCUGCCUAAUUCUACCCUGACACUACCCGUGAUUAACCAGAUUUCACCCUUGCUCUACCACCCACCCUUCUGUUUAUGCCCUCGCUCUAAUUCUAGGGUGGUUUGGUUGUUCACUCUGCCCUGACCUGCCAAUUUCUUCUCCUGGGAAGAAUGUAUUGGUGUGCUGCCAUUAGUCCUAUUGAUGCCAUGCUGGCAGAAACCAAUGCAUGUGCAAUGUCAAUAGCACUUGCUAGCACAAUGUCUUUCCCAGGAAAAUCAUCAUGCUAGCAAGUGCUAUUGAUGUUGCUUAAGCGUUGGUUUCCAAUAGUGCAAUUUCAACAUUGGAUCCUUUCCCAUUACUACCUCUUGGCUACACACCCCUGGUUUGGCAAAGGGAAGAUAUUUUUGAAAUGUUGUCAACCUUCAGUGGCUAUAUCUCAGGGACUACACCUGUGCAAGGGGAGAAUGCAAUGCAUUAUACAAUCACACAUUCUCUUGCACUGAUGUAGCAACCCACCCCACUCCACCCUUCAUCUGGAGAUUCUUCCCUACCACCCACCCUAACACAGGAAAUCCAAGUACUUCAGCUUUCACUAACCUCUGGAUCAAGAUGUAGGCCAUAAAAAGCCAACAGACAAAAUGCUUUUACCUAUGCAAGAAAAAGAUACUCAAAGUGUAUAAGCUGUUGAAACCAAGCAGUGGGUUAGUAUUAUCGGUAGUUUGAAGAUCAGUCCAUUUUAGUACAGCUUUGAAAUCAGAAAAGGCAUUUUAAAGCAAUUACUCAAAAAUGUUUUAUGUGAAGACAGAAGAGCGAUACUGUUGUGUCUACGUAGACCAAAGUCUCCUGCAGAACAAAUAUUGGAGAAGGACGCAGAAUUAUCUCACUAUCCAAAAUGAAGAUAUCAGUAUUAUAAAAUGUAGGGCCACAGCGAUGAAAGGUUUGCCUUAUUUCAGAAUUCUGAAUGGUAACUGUACAGAUGUGGAUCAACAUAAGUUUAGGAGAGGAAAGUAUUAACACUUUACAUUUUUGAAACUAAAAAUAAAAAAAAGAUUAUCGUGUUUACAUUUGUUAGGUCCGGUUGGGCGGGGGAGGGGGGAGCUGUGACGAUGUUGCAAAGCCGUGAUUUCCUUAACGUUGCUUUCUGAUUGGUAAUUUGUUUUACCAGUACUUAAUUACUGUAUGUCGUGAGACACUAAAAUCAAAAAGGGAAUCUCAUUUAUACGUUUAUUUUUUUUAUUUUUAGAUUAUUGGCUGCACAAUCACUUGUAGAAACUGUAUAAAACUUCUACUCCCUUAGCUUUGUUUUCCUGAAGAUUGCUGGCUUUUAAAUAGUUUAUUUAUAUUGUAUAUCACAGUUUUCAUUGUAGACAAUUAUGAUGCUAAUUUAUUGUUCCUUGGUUUCAUCUUUAUAUAAAAAAAAAUGUAGCCAGAAUAAAGAAGCCAAAUAUAUGUGUUUAUUACAGCAUGUCUUCAAGUUAUAGUUCAUAGUUCAGGGACAUACAAAGGUCUUCACAGUUUAAGAUCAUUUGCUUGAGUAAAUGUCUGUAAAAUCCUCAUAAUCCUAAAUGUAGUUUAUUUAAAAUCUAAUGUAAAAUUUGUGAUUUGCACCUUCAUUUGUUUCAUGUGAACCUAGAGAGGUGCAUUCUUACCAGAAUAUCUAUACAUACAUUGUAUACCAAAGACAACAUGUAUUUCUUUUGUAUUAGUACAGAACAGAGUAUUUUAUCAUCAUGUUAAUUGGUCUAAUAUUAUUUUUACAUGUGGAUCAGGGCAACACGUGGGUGAGGGAGGAGGGAUGGGAAAUGGGAAAUCCUUGCUCCAACAAAGAGAUAUUUCCCUGGCCACAAAAUAGGUCCUUUUACCAAUACAUCUGUUGUUCUGUGACAUAGACAGCUUUGGAUAUUCCUCCCUAGCCACUCUGAGGAGCCUCACUGAAAGGUAGCCUGCAGCAGAAAAUCCAAAUGACAACCUCUAUUAUGGUAAAAAUAGCCCAUUCCACAAACCUACAUGGCACACUUCUUUUAAACUGAAAGGCAUUUCUAAAGGAGCUUGAGGGUAUACUGUUUAAUCAAAAGUUUCACUUGGCAUACCCAAAUUCUUGGAUUAUCUAAAAUAGCUCUUUGAACCCUAGCCCAUGAGGGGGGGAAUGGACAAUUUGAUGGCAUGUAAUGGUACCCGAAAAUCUACUGCCUUGCCCUACGUGAUGGGAGAGCCAUUCCUGUUUCCAUCACCCUAAGAAUACUGAAUAUGAUAGCAGCUGAAGCAGCAUUGAUAGAAGUGUUGAGGACUAUGGCUUAGGAAAGCCAUGUUUUAUAAGUAUUCUGGAGAGUGUCCAUCUGAAAAACAUGCCCUGGGUUCUAACAUUUGUGUAUACAGCCAGAGUGGUCAGGUAGGAAUAACAAAUUUAGCUAUACCAAGCAUGUGCAAGUCUUAGAUGUUUGUAUCACAUCACACACCAUCAGCUCUGUCUUAGGAAUCCUUGACAACAAUAGUUCACUCUAUGUUUUCUAGACAAAUGACAGUAUUUCUUUUUUUAAAAAAAAAACAACCAAGUCAUCAUCAGUGGCGUUUAGAGGUAACUAUGACAUUAUUUCACAUAUACAUAUGAAUGGUGAGGAUUUUUACCCUGUCACUUGUCCAUAUUUUGCAAAGCCCUUUACUUUUUUGUUGAAACACCAUGGAAAAUUUCACUUAAAGGUUGAAAGCAGAAGAAAACCACUAACAAGGCACAAUUAUCUAUAGACAAAACCAGAUCAUUAACAUAAGGAUGUUAAAGGCAAAGAACGAAUAGUGGAAACAUUUUCGAAAUAAACUAGAACAUACAUUAGCCAAUAUCAGUGGUUCCAAGAAUCACUCUGAUUGCCCAAGUUUGCAAAACUAAUGUUAAUUGUUAACCACUUUGUAACAAGACAUUUACUUACAAUUGCUUUAUUGAUUACAUAUUAGUAAAAGCAGACUAAAAUACAAAGGUUUUGGCUUUGGCUGGUUUCUUAUAGUUGUUCAGUGUUUGUAACCAGACAAUCUGUAGUGUCUGACUAUUUGUAUUACAAAAUAUGUUCCGCAGCUGCCUGGCAUUUGAAUCCAUGCAACCCUUUUAGAAUGUGCAGUUAGUUACCUGUUAAAAGUUCUCUUACUGUAUCUGUGAAGUUCAUGUUGUCUCAUGUCAGUUCUUGCCAGGAAUUUUCUCCAACACCAAUGGAUUUUUAUUUCAAUAAAUAUUGAUAUGGCCA